CAGUCUCUGCCUACCUUCCUUGGCAUCCUCACUACCACCUCUUCACCUGCGAACGACUUUCACGGAUCCGAGCUCGCCCGAACCUCCCUAGAACACAUCGGGAUAUUUCUUCUUAACUAUCGAACUCCCGUUUCCCCACGGGUCGACUUGGUCACUCUGUUUAUCUGUGUACUCAUGCUUACCAACUUGCCGAACCGAAGGAUUUCUCUCUCUUGAGCAUGAGAAGGACCGCCAACUCAUCCACAAUUCAACAUCUAAGAUUGAGCUACCAGCAUGCACACUGGAUACAUAUGCUCCAGCAAAAGUUUUCGGACAGAAAACUAAAGCACCUUGGACCACAUAUUCCGAGCACAGGGGAGAAUCAGUUUUAGGUCUCCACAUAAUGGAGCGAGAAUGAACAGAGAGCGGCUGAAAGAAAAGCAUGAACUGGAGGUUUAUUGAGGUCAUCUGCUUCCUGUUUAUAUGGGACCAUAUAACAGUUCAGUCUUCCCGCCAGGACCUGUCCGCCGCCGAUCAACAUGUCACUAAGCAGUUUGAUUGGCUCAUCUCCGACCGCGGACCUUUCCACCACUCUCGGAGUUACCUCUCCUUUGUGGAAAGAUUCCGCCAAGGAUUUACAACCAGAUAUAAAAUUUAUAGGGAGUUUGCGCGUUGGAAGGUGAGGAACACAGCCAUUGAGAGGAGGGACCUGAUCCGGAACCCUGUGCCGCUCAUGCCAGACUUCCAGCGCAGUGUCCGGUUGCUAGGGCGACGACCCUCCACUCAACAGUUCAUCGACACCAUCAUCAAGAAGUAUGGAACCCACAUCCUGAUAUCCGCCACCUUGGGAGGUGAGGAGGCAUUGACCAUGUACAUGGCCAAGAACAAGCUGGACAGAAAGUUGGUCAACGCCACUCAGAACGUGGAGGCCCUGCACCAGCUGGCCUCCUCCUACUUCAUUGACCGAGAUGGCACCAUGAGGAAACUCCAUGAGAUCCAGAUCUCUACCAAUGCCAUCAAGGUGACAGAGACUCGUACUGGCCCACUGGGAUGCAGCAGCUAUGAUAAUCUGGACUCGGUGAGCUCUGUCCUCCUGCAGAGCCCGGAGAGCAAGCUCCAUCUUCAAGGUCUCCAGGUCAUCUUUCCAGAGUACCUCCAGGAGAAGUUUGUUCAGUCGGCUCUGAGCUACAUCAUGUGUAAUGGGGAGGGGGAGUACAUCUGCCGGAACAGCCAGUGUAUCUGCAUGUGUGCUGACGAGUACCCACAAUGCAACUGUCCUAUCACCGACAUCCAGAUCAUGGAGAACACCCUGCUUGGGCAGGCGGAGUCCUGGGCCACCUCUUACAAGGACUUUGAGAACUCAGAUGAGUUUAAGUCAUUCCUGAAGAGGCUGCCCUCCACCCACUUCCUGCCGGUCAGCAGUGUCCACCUUCUGUGGGGCAGUGACUGGGACCUGCAGGCCCGCUACCGCCUGCUCCAGAGCUCCCUGGAGACCCAGAGGCUCAAGAUCCAGCGCACCGCCCGCAAGCUCUUUGGCCUCAGCAUCCGCUGCCACCACAACCCCAACCACCAGAUGCCUAGGGAGAGGUCUGUGAUGCAGUGGCUGAACAGGGUCCAGUCCUUCCUCUACUGCAAUGAGAACAGUUUCUGGGGGACCUUCCUGGAGAGCCAGAGGAUGUGCGUGUGCCACACGGGUAUCACCCUAUGCCAGCGACCCAUCCCAUGUAUCAUUGGGGGCAACAACAGCUGUGCCAUGUGCAGCCUGGCCAACAUCUCCCAGUGCGGCUCCUGCAACAAGGGGUACAAGCUGUACCGAGGCCGCUGUGAGCCCCAGAACGUGGACUCAGAACGCAGCGAGCAGUUCAUCAGCUUCGAGACCGACCUGGAUUUCCAAGACCUGGAGCUCAAGUACUUGCUCCAGAAGAUGGACUCGCGCCUCUACAUCCACACCACCUUCAUAAGCAACGAGAUCCGCCUGGAGACCUUCUUUGACCCACGGUGGCGCAAGCGCAUGUCCCUGACACUGAAGAGCAACAAGAACCGGAUGGACUACCUCCACAUGAUCAUUGGGCUCUCCAUGAAGAUCUGCCAGAUGCGCAACAGCAGCAUCGACCCCAUGUUCUUUGUUUACGUGAACCCGUUCAGCGGCAGCCACUCAGAGGGCUGGAGCAUGCCCUUCGGCGAGCACGGCUACCCGCGCUGGGAGAAGACGAGGCUGGGGAACUCCCAGUGCUUCAAUUGGACCCUGCUGCUGGGCAACCGGUGGAAGACCUUCUUUGAGACGGUGCACAUCUACCUACGAAGCCGCGCCAAGGUGCCCACUGGGUUACGAAAUGACACGGGCCAGGGUCCCGUGGACCUGUCCGACCCCAACAAGCGCCAGAUCUACAUCAAGAUCUCCGACAUCCAGGUGUUUGGUUACAGCCUGCGCUUCAACGCUGACCUGCUCCGCAGCGCCGUGCAGCAGGUGAACCAGUCGUACACCCAGGGGACCCAGUUUUACUCCUCCUCCUCCGUCAUGCUCUUGUUGCUGGACAUUAGGGAGCGGAUUAAUCGCCUGGCCCCUCCAGUGGCACCCGGGAAACCCCAGCUGGACCUGUUUUCCUGUAUGCUGAAACACAGGCUCAAGCUGAACAACAGCGAGAUGAUCCGGGUCAACCACGCCUUGGACAUGUACAACACAGAGAUACUGAAACAAUCAGAUCACCUAACUACCAAACUCUGCUGAGAUACAGUAAACAAUCAAACAAAAAAAGAGCAAACAGACACUACAAAUAUAACUGUUUUGGGAUAUUCCUUUACAUUUUUUUCCUUUUUGGACCUUUUUGUUCUGCCUUUUGAUGUAUUAUUAAAACUUUGUAAUUGUAAUUGUUAAAAUGAAACUCAAAAAGGCAGUGAUGAAGCCUUUUAGUUGGAUAAAGAAGAAGAUUAAUGAAAACCACUUUUAAAAGACUGUACCAUAUUUUGUCCCAGCAUGUCUGUCAUUUCCUGAAAGAGCAUAAAGAGAAAAAAUAAGCAAAACAAUUAAAUCCAUCUCCUGGUGACAAAGAGGCCUUUAUUUUAGUCUGAGGGAACAAAGGUUAUAUCUGAAACUGCCAUUAUUUACUGAGUAAAACAUUUUUAAAGAUAUAAUGAAGUUGCAUAAGGGCAGACCAGAUAUCAUCCUUUUAUUUCAGUUAAUAUGCUUUAUCAACAAGCAAAAUAUUACAAACAUGUAAAAUUACAGUUUAAUACAGUAUGAAGGCAUUCAUACAUUUUAUGGGUAAAUAGCCCAAGCAAAUACUCUAAGCAUUAGCUAUAUAGUCUCUUUAUAACAUGAAAUACUCAUGACAAGUCUGCAUCCCUCUCUUUGUGAAGUAAGGUUUAAGGCACUUUGUUGCUGUACUUAAAGCAUAGGCACACGACCGGGGCAGCGGAUAGUCAUUUCAUGUCAAAUAACAGAAACCAGCUGUUUAUAUAUGUGUAUACCUUUAUUUAGCUUGAUGCUUAUUGCUGUUCGUUAAUUGAAUGUGUCAUUUGAGAGUGAGUGAAUCCAGUCUAAGCUGAAACUUAACUUUGGGCGCUACCUCCCGUGCUUGAAAUUCUACAGGCAUUUCUCAUGAGGAGGUUUCUUCUGGUGCCUGAGUGCAAUAUCGUGGUCUGAAGAUGAACAAUCAAUGCUAUUUCGUACAGCUUUGCAAAACGUACACCUUGUGACUGCUGAUGUGUCAAGCUUUUCGGCACCAAGAGCAAAUUUGAGCAUCGAUCAUUCGCGUACAUCUGCAACAGACACCAUGAAAGCCAUACAUUUCCCUGAGGUACACAUAAGACAUGGAAAGCCCCGUGAUCCAUUUUUCUAAAACAUGAAAGAUGUCCCAUUCAUGUAUUUUAUGUUGUCGUUGUUGUUUCCCCCAAAUCCAUUUCAAUUGGAGGAUAACACAGUGGACAGAGAGAGUGUAUUCUCUGGGAUUAUGGGAUGACAUUGUAAAGCCAUUGGCUUUCUAUUUCUACUAACUAGAGUGAACCCACAUGGGAAACAGUUAUAUAAAAGCUUCAAAUACUUCUGUUCAUUUUAAUCUGUAAAUCUACUUUCUAUUUUAUGUACUUUUUUUUAUGCCACGUUGGAUCUUAACUUUGAAUGACCAUGCAAAUCAGAUUGAACCCUCUGACACAAGGUUGUUUAAUCUUUCUAGUCAUACUUUAUUGAAAGCACUGACAUGACGUUCGUUUAUAGCUAUAUAUAGCUACAUAAAUAAAACAUAGUAUCAAACAUCA